AUGACACGCAUAUGGCCUAAGGGUAGUCUUAUAAAUUCACAAGCCGAGCCCGAGAAGGAUCCUGCAUCUCUUGAUCCGGCAUAUCUCGUGAAAUGGGAUCAGGACGAUGUAUUGAAUCCUCAAAAUUGGACUCCCAGGUACAAAUGGUGGGUGACAUUCCAACUGGGCAUGCUUGCUUUUGCAGGUAGUCUAGGUUCAAGCAUCACCACGCCGGCCGAUGACACCAUCGCGAAGUAUACUGGCGUCAGCAGUGAGGUUGCUGUGCUGGAUGUAUCUCUGUAUAUCCUCGGCUUUGUCUUUGGGCCUAUCAUCUGGGCUCCUCUUUCAGAAAUCUGGGGCCGAAGAGUUAGCAUACUCCCCGCCGUCUUCUGUUUAGCACUAUUCUCCAUUGGCACUGGCGUAAGCACAAAUGCAGCCUCGGUAUUCGUCACGCGCUUCUUCGCAGGCUUCUUCGGCUCUGCACCGAUUAGCAAUGUCACUGCCGCACUAGGCGAUAUAUGGAGUAAAGAGACGCGCGGGACUGCAAUCAGCCUCUAUGCAGUUGCAGUGAACGGCGGCCCGGCGCUAGGUCCAGUGAUCGGCGCAGCGCUGUUGUUAAACCCUAAUAUGGGCUGGCGCUGGACGGCGUACAUUCACGCAAUCUGGGUCUUUGUCAUUUUCACCUUGACCUUCUUCUGCUUGCCAGAGGUAUACCCGUUGGUACUACUCAAGCGCAAAGCACAGAUGCUUCGGAAGAAAACUAAUGACUCGAGGUUUUAUCAUCCUCAUGAACAUUUGAAACUUGAUGUCAAAUCUGUUCUCACAAAGCAGCUCGCUCGCCCGUUGAUAAUGCUGUUCACUGAGCCGAUUGUCACUUGUGUUGCCUUCUAUGCUUCCUUUGUAUACGGUGUCAUGUACCUAACUCUUGAGGUAUUUCCAAUUGCAUUUCAACAAUCUCGAGGUUGGAACCACCUUGUUGGUUCUUUACCAUUUCUGGGAUUGUUGAUUGGUGUUAUAUCCGAGGCAAAUGGGAAAGCAGUGCCCGAAGCACGACUUCCGCCUAUGGCAUUUGGGGCAGUGUUCAUUGUUAUAGGGCUCUUCUGGAUCUAUGCUGCAAGCUCAACGGCGGCUAUUACGUUUCUUCGAAGUUUGCUAGCUGCCGGGCUUCCUUUGGCGGCUAAACCGAUGAUCAGGGCUUUGGGGAUUGGGCCUGCUGUUUCUAUUGUUGGAGCUGUGGCUGCAGUUCUAUUGCCAGUACCGUUCUUGUUCAUGAAGUAUGGCCCAAAGCUGCGAGAAUUAUCAAAGCUUGCGCCUGAAGAUUCUUAG